AUGCCGACUCUCUCAUUGAUCAAUUUCAAUAUCGUCUGUGCCACUCUCGGAGGAUUUGUCUCUCUCUUCGGUCUAGUGUCGUAUCUAUGCAAGGAGCGAUUUUAUCUUUCGGAAGCAUUGAUCUCAUUGCUAGCCGGAGUUGCUUUUUCACCCCAUGCAGCCAAUUUUAUCCGUCCAGAGGACUAUGCCUUGCACUCUUCAGAGAACCUCGCGGCAAUCACCCUGAAUUUCACUCGUCUGGUGCUGGGCGUGCAGUUAGUUCUGGCAGGUGUGCAGCUUCCUAAACGCUACCUGCAGAUCGAAUGGCGGAGCUUGUCUCUACUACUCGGGCCUGGUAUGGCCGCCAUGUGGAUCUGUAGCAGUCUGGUUAUCUGGGCUAUGGUCCCGAACUUCAAAUUUCUGCAUGCCUUAAUUGUUGCGGCCUGUGUGACCCCGACGGAUCCUGUCCUAUCUAACUCGAUUGUCAAGGGCAAGUUUGCGGACAAGCAUGUUCCUCGUCCCUUGCAACGGAUCAUCAUCGCGGAAUCCGGUGCCAAUGAUGGUCUGGGUUACCCGUUCCUUUUCUUUGGCAUCUAUCUUAUGAAGUAUGUCGGCAUGGGUGGCGAGGGAUAUAGUGGUGGAGCUGGAAAAGCCAUAGGCAUGUGGUUCUAUGAGACCUGGGCUUAUACCAUCGUUUUGAGCGUUGUGUACGGGGCUGUGGUUGGCUGGCUGUCGAGGGAGUUGCUCCACUGGGCUGAGGAGAAGCACUAUGUUGAUCGGGAGAGUUUCCUGGUGUUUGCGAUUGCCCUUGCACUCUUUGUUGUAGGAACCUGUGGGUUGAUUGGUACCGAUGACCUUCUGGCAUGCUUUAUUGCUGGAAAUGUCUUCACUCAGGAUGAUUGGUUCCGCCUUGAAACCAUAGAUGACUCUCUGCAACCGACCAUCGAUAUGCUUCUCAAUCUGUCGAUGUUCAUGUGGUUUGGUGCAGUUUGUCCCUGGUCAUCUUUCCUGAAAAACGAUAUCAUCCCCAUCUAUCGACUCAUAGUCUUGGGGAUUCUGAUCCUCUUGGUUCGUCGGAUGCCCGUCAUUUUCGCCAUGCACAAGUACAUCCACCAGAUUGAAGAUCUCUCACACGCCGCCUUUGUUGGAUUCUUCGGCCCAAUUGGCGUCGGUGCCAUUUUUUAUCUUUCGAUCUGUCGAGAGACUCUCCUAGAGAUCAAAGUCAAUGGCCAAGUACGAGAAGAUGCACAGCAGGUGGCAGAUACUGCCGAGGUUGUGGUGUGGUUCCUUGCUAUUUGCAGCAUUAUCGUACACGGACUAUCCGUUCCUGUCGGCAAAGCCGGCUACAAUCUUCCCCGGACCCUCUCGACCGCCAUUACCGCGACUACCACAGAGGAGGACCAGCCUGUAGCCAUUCAAGCAAUCCGCCAUACUCGCAGCACCGCCACGCCACUUGAAAGCGAUGCUGCAAGCUUCCGAAGCCGCAGACGCCGACAGUGUGCUUCGCCGAAUCCGCCGAUUUUCCGUAUCGGCCGCUCAAAGAUCCCCGAACCAUCGCCUUCCCAAGCGCAGCCUGGUACUGGACAAACCGAUGAACCGGAGAGACCUGUCAACCUGGUUAUCCAUGAGCCAGUGACAAGUGUUGGCGAAAGGUCUGACGAUUCGUCCACUCCCAAUUAG